GUUAAACUUUUUACAGUGAAGGUUUCUUUUACAGAGUUCCUGCAGUAACAACUUAGCCCUCAUGCUGAAUAGAGCAAGGAAGCCCAAUGGGUCGUAGAGGGAGCUAACCACUGAAAGAAUUCCUCUUCUCGUCUGUGGUUGCUCUCGUGCGGAGGCCUUAAAUCCAAAUUGGUCAGUCUCAACGUUCCACUGUAGUCCUAAUGUGCGUUCAACAGGAAGUUGAUCUGUAUCCAAAUCCAGCUCCAUCAUGUCUUUUGCUCUGUGGCCUUCGCUGACAGAGCGCAACACUGCACGACUAUUGCUGACCCACUUGGACAGAGUGAAUCCUCCUUUCUGACAAAGUGCCGUUAAAUCCUGGAUCAUUUUCCUAGCUUCCCCUUCUGAGGCCAUUGAACGGAGGCAAUCAUCAACAUAAAAGUUGUUUUUCACUGUACUCACAACCUCUGGAGGGAAGUGUUCUGCGUUGUCAUCUGCAGUUCUCCUCAAGGCAUAAUUGGCACAGCUUGGUGAUGAUGCAGCUCCAAAUAGAUGUACCUUCAUGCGGUAUUCCUGCGGAGCCUGUGCAGUGUCACCACCUGGCCACCAGAGGAAACGGAGAAAGUUGACGUGCUUAUUUGAGACAUGAACCUGGUGAAACAUAGAUUGGAUAUCAGCCAUUAUUGCAAUAGGUUCCUGCCUAAAUCGGACAAAAACUCCAAUGAGGCUGUUGGUGAGAUCAGGCCCUUGCAAAAGCUGACUAUUGAGUGAUGUUCCUUUGUAUGAGGCUGCACAGUCAAAAACCACUCUUAACUUGCCCUUCUGAGGAUGAUACACCCCGUGGUGAGGGAUAUACCACACUUUCCCAUUGCUCUGUGUCAGCUGGUCAAGAGGAACUGGCUCAGCAUGUCUCUGUGUUAUUAUUUCAUUUAGGAACGUGGUGUAUUCCUCCUUAAAAACACUGUUCUUGUCAAACUUUCUUUUCAGGCUACAUAAGCGCUGCUCUGCUAUAUAACGAUUAUCUGGCAGGGUUACAUUUUCCUUUCUGAAUGGCAGGUCAAUGCAGUAAUGACCUCCAAUUAGUUUUGCUGUGCUACUGACAAUAUCCAUGAACUUAAUAUCUUCUCUGGACAUUUCAAUCUGCUCUUCUGAUGAUUUCUCAUUAAAGUCAUGCUGAUACUGUUUUACAAGCAUUUCUUGCAGGUGUGAUGUGGUUUGCUGUUACAGCAGCGUAGCCACUCUUACCUCUACAGCUUCCACCAUGAAGAGGACCAUUAACGACCCAGCCAACCCUGGUUCUGACAGCGUAUGGGCCUUCAUUUAUGCUAUUUAUCACUUCCCACGGCUCCAAAACCUUAGGGGCGUCAGUUCCAAUAAGCAGAUCAACAUCUGCAUGAAUGUCAUGAAGUAUUACAUCUUUCAAAUAUGGCCAUGGAUCAAUAUCUGCUUGUCGUGGAAUAUUAAGUGUAGACACAGGUAGUUCUUUGAGUCAAAACAUCAGGAAGCUCUAUGAAAUCUUCAACACCCACACCAGACACUUCAAGACCUGACAAAACAUGAGCAUUCACAACCUUUCGUUGGCCCAUUGUUCUCAACAGAAUGCUUGUCUUUUUACCUCUCAAAUUCAGCCUUUUCGCCAUGGUUUCUGUACAGAAUGUGCCGGAACUGCCAGGAUCCAGGAAGGCAUAUGUCUGCAUGGUCUUACACAGUAAAAUUCUCAGAGUUAUUUUCCCAGUGUAAAGCAAAAGUGUUAAAAUACAGAGUUGAAACUACACUGAAAACAGUUAAAUUAAAUGUUAAGGAGUCAAUUUUGAAAGGGAGUUGGUGUCAUUGGCCAGUGUUUGGGACUCAACUCCUACAGUGUUAUGAAACCACGCUUCUCCUAACGUGACCUCAUGGAUUUCAGCAAGGUGCAGAGACGUCAUCUUUCUUUUCCAUGGAAUGUGAAUAUAUGGUAAGUCAUGCUCUGCUUUAUAGUUGUACAAAUAUGUCCAAAUAAUUGUUUUCUCUUUCUUUUAACCUACGACUGAAGACUCAAUAUUGUUAGUUGACUAGGUGUAUGUUAGCGAUGAUGCAGCUAACUGAACUAACUGAUAAAAUGUUAGCUGUCGCUAGCUAGCUAACAACAGGCUGGUUCUGGUUAAACGUAGUAAUAUAAGCCAGCAUUUUAGCGAAUUUGUGAGUAGUCAAUGGUCUUUGUCGGAUAAAAAAGGUAUUGGAUCACUAAUAAUCUAGCCCUCUCGUGUAUUUGUAGUCAUAUGUGCCUUUCUUAUGUUUGUUUUUUAUUCUGUAGCAGCUAGUGUCUGUGGCAGAUUCAGGAGUCUGAAGUUGCUAACAUUAAAUUUGAUUGACUAACGAAAUUCUUGUAGACAUGGGCAGUCAUUCCUAGACAAAUGAAUGAUCCAAUAGAAGACAACAUUUUCGAAUUAGUUUUUUUUGUAGUUCAUGCCUGCACUAAAAUGCCAACAGAUUGGCAUUCAGUUACGAUAGAAGAAUAGCCAACUUAGCAAGUCAACUGCAGUGGCAGUGGAAAGGGGAGCGAAAGGGAGAGAGAUUAUGUAUGUGCGCCGCGCGAGUGAAAGGGUGCAAAGCGAGCCUUCUGAUUUUAUCGUCAUCGUCAAGUUUGCAAUGUUAAGUAAGAUGCCAUAUAGAUAGAAUUUAUAAUGUUAUACAGCUAUUGACAAUGCAUCAUGCAAACCAUAAGUUAUGUUCUAUUUUGCAAGACAGCAUCAGCUCUGUUUUUUAAAUAAAAUGUGCAGUGAUCUAGAUUUGAGAUCUAAAUUGUUCCUUGGAAUGCUCUGGUCAAUUUCUGCUAUACUUUUUCUGUUUGCAGUACUGGAUAAUUAUCUUGACAGUUAUCAUUGUCAUAAUUACCCUAAUAACAACUCUGUCAGUGUUGUGGAUUUUCUUGUGUCAUUCCUAGCUUGGAGAAUGCUUGUGAAAGUAAAGUACAGAGAAAAGCAGAAAUAUGUCAAGGUUACUAACAGUGAUGGGACCUGUGACUACCAGCAGUUCCACCAAGCAGAUUCUUCUGGGACAGAAGUGGACCCGACAUCUUUUCUGAACUGUUGAAGAAGGGGGAGGAUUUGUUCAAGGUGUUUGUGAAUGAUAGUAAGUAAUUGUAAUGUAAUGCAGGAAUGUCAUAUUUUUCUAUUGUGGAAGUUUGGAAGUUUUAAAUAUGCAUUGUUCUUCACAUUUUUUGCUUAUUGUGGUGAUUCAAGUUAAAGAAAACUCAAGAUUUAAGAUACAAGAUUUAGAUUUAGAGGAUAUUUCAGUGUCUUCUGAAGCAUCAUACCCCUCAGAUGCCUCCACUGUGUGAGACUCCAAACAAGAAAAUUAGAAGGGAUGACCAGAGUCACAGAGAAGCAGUCAAAAAUAAAGCCAGGGGGGGAAGAUUUUUCAAGAGUACACUAAAACUAAGUCACUGUCAGAUGGAACCAGGAGACAGCUUGUGAAUAUCUUGGUUGCUGACAUGGUGGAGGUGCAUGGAUGGAUCCCUUCCCAAGCUGUUCGAGUGAUGUAUGCCCAAGGCAUUGUGGCCUUGUUCCCAUAUCUUGAGGACCCAUUGUCGAAGCAUGGAUAUGAACACUUUUAUGAUGCAGCAUCAGGCUCUGGGUACAUUGCAUGGCGUCUUAAGACUGUACAACGAAGCCUAUCUGAUGGCUCAAGGUCUCGGGUAGCAGUGGAACAAUGCAAUGGUGAUCCAAAGGCUGCAAGAGACUCAGCUUCUACCGUACAACAGUUGACUGACCAAGAGUGCGAAGAGGCAAUAUCUGUGAUGAAUCAUUCUUCCGAUGAAGCACUGGUUAUGGAAAAAAUGAAGGCCACUUUUGAACACAGACAGAAACUUGUCCGUGAUCCUGACAAGUCAGUAGAUGUUCUGGACACCUUCCCAAGAUUUCUUGACAUACCUGGCCUUAUCGAGCAGGACUUUCUGAUGCUUUUUGGAGAAGAGGCAUCAGGGAAGUUCUUAGCCAGAUGGCCAACGUUUUUCAGACCACACAUCACUGAAGAUGCUAAGGGGCUAGAACCAACUCUACAUGUUGAGGAGCUCCUUAGGUCUGCACAAGGAAAUGAUGGUGGAUGGGACUGUGACAUUGCUUCACUGUGCUUGCUGCUGCAUCUCAUUCCUCCAACAUCUAAGGGUCACAGGAAGUCUGUGAAAAUCAGUGCCCUCCAAGCAGAGGACUACUUGGUGAGGUAUCUGCAGGUUGGUGCAAGCAUUCAAAUCUUCUUGACCAGUCUCGAACCGUCUCAGCCCUUUCUGCUCUGCAUUGCCGAACAGAAGAACAAGAUCCAGAAGUUCUACAUCAUCGUAGAUAGCAAGGCAAUUCCAUGCAGAGCACAGACGUCAGUAGCAGCAUUUGACGAGCUGUUCAAAACACACUUUGUUUUUGGAACGUCAUAUAGUGAGGCACUUGAUGGUUUUUACACUUUCAUACAAACAGCUGUGUACAACAUCGAUGUUGGUAUGGUCAGAGAAAAGCCAAGAGUGAGGGAACUUAGGGCCAGGUUUCUAAAUUUGAAGAAGUAAUAGUACAUAAGUUAUGUUUACUUGUUUUGUUUGCAAAAAUGCACAUAUAACUAAAGAUAAAAAGUAAAGAUAACUGUGCUUAUCUUGUUCUUUGUGAAGUUGUGACUUUGAGGUUUUAUGACCAUUUUGGUGCAUUUUUGACAAGCAAUUGUUUUACAAUUUUACAAUUCUGAUGAAAACAUUUACUUGGUCCCCCAUUGCCACCUGUGCUGUAAUAUUUUGUACUGGUAUUAGAUUCUGCAAUAAAAUCUCUGCAAGAGUUCA